CAGUGAUCAUUAUAACCUUGAGAACAUGGCGCCUUACACCAUGGAUGGUGUAGCUUUGAUUACUGGAGCCGCCAGCGGUAUUGGCCAGGCGUGCGCGGUAGCAUUCGUUGAGGAAGGGGUAAAACGCCUCAUACUGGCAGAUAUGAACACCGCCGGGCUUGAAGAGACCUCCAAUAGUCUGAAAAAGCUGAAUCCUGAAGUUGAGACGGUACUUACUCGGACCGACACCUCGUCUCCAGAGGAAGUUCAGAAGAUGGUAGACGCUGGCGUGGAAAAGUUUGGUAGCAUCCACUACACUGUCAACAGCGCCGGUGUUGCGACUGCUUCACGCGCCGGAUCUGCCGAGCUGCCCAUCGAUGCUUGGGAUAAAGUCAUCAACGUCAACCUGCGCGGUGUCUGGCUCUGUCAACGGGCGGUCAUUCAACAGAUGCUCAAGCAGGACUACCUCCGCCCGGAACAGAUGAGAACAGGAUCGCCUCCUGAACGAGGCUGUAUCGUCAACAUUUCGAGUAUUGUCGGUCGAAGCGGGCUCGGUGGGACGGGAGCGUACGCAGCGUCGAAGCACGGCGUUCUCGGCCAGACGAGGGUUGAUGCUAUAUCAUACGGGGCCGAAGGCAUCAGGAUCAACGCUGUCUGUCCCGGUUUCAUCGAAACUGCUAUGACGCAAAAGGCCAUCAACGUCGGGUCAUACUACGACAAGUUGAUUGACAAGAACCCCAUCGCUCGCUACGGCAGACCAGAGGAGAUUGCACAAACGGUGGUGUUCUUGGCCAGCACGCGAGCCAGCUAUAUCACAGGCGAAGAGAUUUGUGUAGAUGGUGGUGUCUUGCAUAGCAUCUGAACAAGUGUUUAUAUGUCAACACCCUCGCCAGCCCACCCUCGAUAGGCUAGGGCUACUUGAGAACAGUAACGGUAUCGUGUGAAGACCGCAUGCAGCC